AUGAGCUACCCCUCGCUGUUCCUGACACCGUCGCCGUCCAACCAUCGCGAGGUGGCACCGCCGAGGUCCUCCCCAUCAUCGUCGACGUUGACGGAUGUGGUGCCCUUUGAGGCGGCGCUGCAACGGCUCGUAUACGAAAAAAUUCGCACCGACGAGCAGCUCUCUGGCUACGGCGUGCAACAAGCGUAUCGCGGACUGCUAUACGCGGUUCGUGCAGGCACGCUCUCCCUCAAGGGGCUGAGCACCACUGGCAACAGCGCAACGUCCUCCUCUGCGUCUGCCGUCGGUGCCUCAGCUUCCCAUACAAGAGUCGCAAAGAGCAACGGCAGUGUUUCCUCUUCUCCCUUGGUGGAAGGAAAGACCAGCAGGGAUGACAUCAACACGUGUGCCGUGCGUGGGUGGCAGGCUGUGCUGUACAGGCUAUCCCAGGCAGCGGUGCGGUCCGCCGAGGACUUGGAGUGUGCGGUGUUUCUCAGCGUUCGCAUUUUGUGCGACCCGGCCUCGGCUCAUGGCGAGGGCAAUGAGCGACCGUGCUGCACGGCGGAGUGGACGUGCGCGCUCCUUCACGGUCUGCCGUCGGACGAGUCUGCGGCGCCACAGGACAGUCCUGAUGCGCGCUUCUGUCAUCUUGUGCAGUCAAGUCACCGUUAUCAGCUGGGCUUUCUGCUGAUCUUGGCGAAUACACUGCGGGUGGUCGCCACCGGACAGGUGGAGGGGCAGCACCUCUGCAGCAACUAUCCCAAGCUUUUCAACGGCGUUGCGACGGUGGUGUUGCCCCACGUUGCCCGUUAUGCGGAGGAGUCGCUGCGGGACCCGGAGCAAACGGCACCGUCUGUCCCUGUGACGUCCACUCAGCCACCGAGCCGCCUCUCCGUCGAGUUGAAUCAUUUCGUCCUCCACGGUUGUCACUGGCUCACAACGGAUGUCCUCUCGGCACACAUGGACGCAGUCGACGAUGCGGUGCAAGAGAAGCAAGUCGGCGAGCAGGGAAUGAAGAAGAGAGCACGGAGACGUCCUCGCGUGGUUGACCGCGAUCAACCGGCGUGCGUGUGGGACUGCGUGACGCUCGUGCGCAAUGCCCUUCGUCGUGCGUUGAACUGGGUGGCAGAGGAGGCGGUGGGAGACGGAGGAACGGUCCAUUUGGGUACGGAGAGGAAUGACCAGACCUCACGCACUCCGUCCGUCGCCCUCCUAGCUGAGGUUUCUCAGCAGCUGAGUGGCUGCGUCACGGACCUACUAAAGAGGCAGGAGUAUUUGCACAAUGCGCUCUUGAACGCCUCGCGUGAGUUCAAAAACGUGGCGACGCGCGACGUGCACUCGCUGACGGAGAUGACGUGGGCGCACACAUUGCAGAUGUGUUUCCUGCUGCGCAACGUCACCGGAGCCUGGGCGAGUGUGCACGGCGGACUCGGUUACCCUGUCCUGUGUCCCGGCCAGGUGCUACCGGGCUACCGGGAUGUGCUGAUGUUUAUGGUCAGCGCGCUCGUGCGCAUCCCCGCGGUCGAGACAAAGCAGGAGGAAGAGCGGGAGGUAUUUCUCGCAUUGGAUGCCGCGCUGUGUGCGCUUCUCACGUUGGUCUCUGCCGCCCCUACGCCAAGGCUGCAGUCCGAGUUGUGGGCCAGCGACACCAGCGUGACGCAGCAGGUGCACGCCCUGCUCGUGCAGCGUGCGUUGCGCUACCGCAAUGAUCGAGUGCUGAAGCUCGCCUCGCUGCUUUCACGCGCCGUCCUCGACGCGGCGGUGCAUAACGGCGCCCUUGCCGGGUUCGCGACGGAAUCAGCCGACCAGCUGUUGGAGCUACUGGAGAGCGGCGACGAUGCUGCGUCGCGCUGCGUCGGUGAGCUGCUAAGUGUGGCGAUCCUUCAGCAUCCUUAUCGCCUAGUGCCGGCGCUGUUUCGCCUUCUGCAACACGGCAGCGUAGCCACGCGUCGUCACGUUCUACAGGUGCUGAGCAGUCUGCCCGAUUCGCUCUGCGGCGACGCGGGGAGCACCUUCUCGUCGGAGGCCGCAUCGACGGCGCGCUCAGCGGCAGAUCGUCGCCGCGACGUUCUUCGCCUGCUCGCGGAAAACUUGCUGCUUCAGCUGCAGGAUGAGGAGCUGUGUGUGCGGAUGCUGAGCUCUUCUCUCUUCGCGAAGGUGCACCCCGCCGACGUCCUUCAGCCCCUCAUAAAUUUGUGUGUGCAGCGCGACACCAGCGGCAGGAGGCAGAGCGCCGCUCUCGCUGCCCUCACCAGCGUUCUUACCGCGCGCACCGACAAUGCGGCGGCGUACGUGCUGCUGCUGCAUAGCGGCUAUCAGUGCCACAGCGCCAUGAAGGCGACGUCGACAGAUGCAACUCUACUUCCAUUGCGGAAGUCGGAUCUCACACAGCCCGCGGAGCUACUAUCUGAGAACUCCCCCGUGAGCCGCCCGGUUCCGCAAACUCCCGGUGAUAUUCUUUCUCAGUCGCUUCUCUACUCUGCCGCUGCCGAUGACGCAGAUGAUGCCCGUGAGGAUGAAGACGCAGCAGGUCCAAAGGAUGCGAUGCUGUCGGAUGGGGGGACGCAGUCGUCGAGCACGACUUCCUCUUCCACGAAUGCACGUCGCAGAGAAGCUCACCUCAGCAACGCGUUGCGCACCGUAACAGACAGGUGGGUGAACGCCGCACUGCCUAAGUGGACUCAGGCGACACACUCCCUCCCUCUCCUGCAGUGCCUCGUCCAGCAAGCCUUCUGCAACGCCUCUUCCGCUGCUACUGCUGCAGCGUCUUUAGAAGCGGCGGACGCGGAGGAUCGGGUGCAGUUUUUUUUGAAGUACAUCCUUCGCACCACCUCAGCCAUCACCGGAGCAGGAAUCACAGACGCGCGCGAUCGUGCGGCAGAACUCGUGGCGGCGCGAGUCAGCCAUCUUCUUGCCAUUUGGAAUACUUUUUUCGCGGCAUCAGCGGAGGCGUCGAGUGCGAACGCAGGAGCAGCAACGUGGCGCGGUGCAGUCGAGUGUGACGCACCGCAACUCAGCAGCGUGACCCAAGAAAGCGCGCAGGCAAAGGCACGCAUGCACGCCGCGUUGCUCCCGCUGCUGUGCUUGCGCAGCUGUGCGCCGCAUACGUUCGCGAGAUCCCGUUUACUGGACGACGCCCUUCUUUCCUCGUCUACUAACACCGGCAACGAGGCACAAACUGAAGCGAUAAUGGCUGCGAAGGAAGUUGAAGACGCUCUCAAGGAGAACAACGCGUCAGUGAUGGUGGAGGGCGUCUACGAUCAGGUCGUUUCAUCGAUAUGGCAGAGUUUGUGGUCGGCGUUGACACGCACUGAGGCAACAGGCGCCUUCUUUGCCCUCUACCCGGAUAUUCAACGCGUUGUGCUGGAGGUGCUCUGCCGCUUUCCUGCUACCGUGUUCUUUACGCAGUGGCAACGCUGGAAGAGGGCAAGUGUUGCAGAUGCAGACGGCAGCAACACCGACAGCGAUGCCUCUCCUCCUCCGCCUACUGAUACUGUUUCGGCAAAGGCGCUCUUUGUGUACCGCGUUUACGUCUACGGCGUGUCUGCGUACCUUGCCGCCAGCUUAGCUAGUGAGAGCUCAACGCAGUUCGCACAGUCGACGCCGACGAGUCUGGAUGUCGUUCUUCAGCACCGACGCACACUCGUAUAUGUGCUGUCCACGGUGCUCCCAACGUGGUUGAUUGAAGAUCGUGGAAUGACGACUCGUGCAGAUGCAUCGGCAGAGGCGAGUCUUGAAGCCGCCAAGCAGCGUCUGUGCAUGGCUGCCGUGGAUGCUGGUGGCAUUCUCGGUGUCGUUGCCCUCACCUAUCCUGUGCGGACGCGUGUGAACUCAGGCGACGCUUCGUCCGUUGAAUUGGAUAUUCUGAAACAGGAUUUAGAGUCGGCAUCCGAUGAGCUCUUGCGAGCCGCCCUUCACAACCUCACCCUCGCGUAUCGCGCAACGGAAGCGGAGAAAGAGUCGAGCAACAGCGAUACGGGUGCAGGCGUGCCAGUGGCGUCAGAGACGCCAUGGACGGUGCUGCUCAUCCGCUUUCAGCUGUGUCUCCGCAUGCAUGCAAGUCUUCUGCGCGCCAUCACGGUGCACCCUCGUGAGUCAAAACCGCUGCUGCUGCUGUGGUUUCGCCACUACCUCCGCUUUUUCAUUGAUCUGGGGAAUGCAGCGUGCAAAAGUGUUGUUGGACGGACCGAGCAUGGGUGCCGCGCCGCGGCGGACGCGUGUGGUGCGGUGUUUCACGCAGUGUUGACGGCUCGCAAGAUGGACGACGGUGCGGCAACCGACGGCGCAUCAUCCUCUGCGUCUCCCGUGGCUCCCACCCUCUGUCGCCUUGCGUGGGAAGAGAAGGACGCACUCGUGAGCUUCGCGGUUGGCUGCACGCGCUUUGCCGCAUCUCCUGCGGUGCAAACCAUGGGCGUGCGGUUGCUGUCCUCCCUGCUGGUUGCUGCGCCGGAAAUCUUUCUUGAAGUCGGCAGCCAGCAGCAGGAGGGAAAAGGGGCGACGGUGGUGAGGACGGCAGCGGCAGCGGGUGGGGGUGCGCUGCAAGGCGCUACCUCAGCGUUGGAGUUCAUCGCUUUAAUUCACGACGACCGCCCCACGCGAAUGUUGGCCGAAGAGGUGCUGCGCAUGCUGGAGAAGGCGUAUUCGACAGCCGGUGUGGUGUCCACGUGA